AUGCAUGCUAUAAAGGGAAGUUGGGUUGGCCAGACGUUCGCCCUGUUCAAAUCUAAUGAGUCUGGAGGGAGGAAGUCUAGCAUCCGCCGUUCAAAGGAGGAAAGUAAGGGCAUGGUUGAAUUGUUUAUUAUAAAGAAGUAUCAGAGUUUAAACAAUGGGAACUUUCCUUCUCUUAACCUCACCCACAAGGAAGUUGGUGGGUCAUUCUAUACAGUCCGUGAGAUUGUUCGAGAAAUCAUCCAAGAAAAUCGUGUGUUUGGUCCUGCUAAGUUUUUGCCCGCAGAGCAAGACUUUCAUGAGUGGUCAGAGCAGUAUCCCGGGGCACAAUAUCCACAGAACAUCAUUCUUCUUCAGCUUUGGCACCCAAUGGAACUACAGUACAAUCUGAUCAACGUCCUAGUCCCAGUUAAUAUGAAGAAUUUUCUCUCAGUUCUCAUUGGCUUGCUGAUGACAAUGCUGAAGCUGGACAAAUCCUUAAUGCCAGUUUUGUAGUUGUCGGGAACCCAGAAUCUGAUAAGCAGGAGGUCAACGACUUUCAAGAAAUCCAUAAUGAAGUGGCUCCAAUUGAAGACAUAUCUGUACCUACUGAUGCUUCAAUAGACAAUAACGUUACCGAAAUAGUAUCUUCCGGGGUCCAAGCAGCCGGAUCACUUGGAAACAAGCCAGUUUCCUAUGUGGUAGUGAAUGCAAUCCAGGAUACUCUACCGUUGGAAGUUGAAGGAUCGCAUGAACAAAUGAAAGCAGCUGUGGAAGUUCAAUCUUCUUUUAUUAGAGCUCUUUGCUCUCUCUUGGUCUUCUAUUAGAGUUCAUCUUCCCAAUGCAUCAAGUGUCAUGAACCGAGGCAAAAACACAGCUCCAAAUGUAACUUCUGCGAGCACUGGUGGCCGCCAGGGACCAGAUAUCCAUGUAAGUAAAGCAUUUGAGGUUCAGAAACUCGAAUGGAAUUAGUGGAAGUUUGUUGUCCAGGGUACUCACUAACUGAGCUGUGUCUUUGGGCUGGGGUUGUGCUUGUGGACAGCAGGUCAUGGCAGCGGUAAACCAACCUGCUUUGGUCUGCUUUUCAAGCAUUCAUCUCCGCCUUUGUUAAAUUCUGGUCAGAACAGUAAUGGUGUCCUCCUAAGCUUGUGGUGUAUAUGGCAGUUAGGUUUCAGCUCGUUUUAGUCUCCGACUUCAUUUUGGUAAAGUGGUUUGGCUUUCUGAGGGGUUGUUUAGGUAGAGAGUUGUGCUUUCUGGUUCUGCAACUUCUGCUGCUGAUUUGACAGAGUGCGGUUGUCUGUAUGCUUGUCAAGUGGUAAUUAAAGUGCACUUUACACCUUGUUCUUGUUUAUAGAGUCUGAUUUCAU